CUUUUAACGAUCCAAGAGUCGGGAAGAGAAUAGGGUAAUAAGAUGCAUGAAGUUUAGGACGAGUUGAUGCCUUUGGAUGCACUUGAAGUGUUAUCUUUAAAGCAAUCGAAAUCAUUCGAGUGUUUGUUUCCCCUCCCCACUGGCUGGAAUGGGAAAAUAAGAAUCUCCUUGGACUGGAGUCCUCCGGGCUAGGAAGUGAAAGCCCCGGAGGCAGAAAGGGACGGAGAGGAGGGGUUUGUCCAGAGCAUGGACGGGAACAGAGAAGGGGUUCUGCGGGGCUCAGCGCGCACUGAGGAUCGGUGCCCGGGGCUGCAGCUGCGGACGAGAAGGGCGCUGUCUGGCUGAUGAAGGCCACCUGGGUCAGGCUUCUGAAACGCGCCAAGGGAGGAAGGCUGAAGAAUUCGGACAUCUCUGGUUCGGCAGACUCCUACACCAGCCGUCCCUCCGAUUCAGAUGUUUCUUUGGAGGAAGAUCGGGAGACGGUGCGCAGAGAAGCACGACGACAGGCCCAGGCCCAGCUGGAGAAAGCAAAGACAAAGCCCGUUGCAUUUGCAGUCCGGACAAAUGUCAGCUACAGUGCAGCCCAUGAAGACGACGUCCCAGUGCCAGGCAUGGCCAUCUCAUUCGAAGCAAAAGAUUUUCUGCAUGUUAAGGAGAAAUUUAACAAUGACUGGUGGAUAGGGCGAUUGGUUAAAGAAGGCUGUGAAAUCGGAUUCAUUCCAAGCCCAGUCAAGCUAGAAAAUAUGAGGCUACAGCAUGAACAGAGAGCCAAGCAAGGGAAAUUCUACUCCAGUAAAUCAGGAGGAAAUUCAUCAUCCAGUUUGGGUGACAUAGUACCCAGUUCCAGAAAAUCUACACCUCCGUCAUCUGCUAUAGACAUAGAUGCUACUGGCUUAGAUGCAGAAGACAAUGAUAUUCCAGCAAACCACCGCUCCCCUAAACCCAGUGCAAACAGUGUAACGUCACCCCACUCCAAAGAGAAAAGAAUGCCCUUCUUUAAGAAGACAGAGCACACCCCUCCUUAUGACGUGGUCCCUUCUAUGCGACCUGUGGUCCUGGUGGGCCCCUCUCUGAAGGGGUACGAGGUCACAGAUAUGAUGCAAAAGGCAUUGUUCGAUUUUUUAAAACACAGAUUCGAAGGGCGGAUUUCCAUCACAAGGGUCACCGCUGACAUCUCGCUGGCCAAACGCUCUGUCUUGAACAAUCCCAGUAAACACGCCAUAAUAGAAAGAUCCAACACAAGGUCAAGUUUAGCGGAAGUUCAGAGUGAAAUUGAAAGGAUUUUUGAACUUGCAAGAACAUUGCAACUGGUGGUCCUUGAUGCAGAUACUAUUAAUCAUCCAGCCCAACUUAGCAAAACCUCUCUGGCCCCUAUUACAGUGUAUGUCAAGAUUUCUUCUCCUAAGGUUUUACAAAGGUUAAUAAAAUCUCGAGGGAAAUCUCAAGCUAAACACCUCAAUGUUCAGAUGGUAGCAGCAGAUAAGCUGGCUCAGUGCCCUCCGGAGCUGUUCGAUGUGAUUCUGGACGAGAACCAGCUCGAGGACGCCUGCGAGCACCUCGCCGACUACCUGGAGGCCUACUGGAAGGCCACCCACCCGCCCUGCAGCAGUGUCCCCGACCCUCUCCUCAGCCGUACCUUGGCCACCUCAACCCUGCCCAUCAGCCCCGCCCUGGCCCCCAGCUCACAGGCCUCUCAAGGGGAUCCGAGGACCGAUCGCACGGCUGCCGCCCGUUCUGCUUCCCAAGCUGAAGAACCCUGCCCAGACCCAGUCAAGAAACCCCAGCACCACAGCCAUCGCAGCGGGGCCAGCCGAGGCCUCUCCAGGCAGGAGACCUUGGAUUCAGAAACGCAGGAGAGUCGCGACUCCGCAUACGCGGAGCCCAAGGAAGAUUAUUCCCACGAACAUGCAGACCACUGUGCCCCACACCGAGAUCACAGCCACAGAGAGGAACCCCACGGGGGCGGGGAGCGCAGACACAGGGAGUCUCGGCACCGCUCCCGGGACCCGGAUCGAGAGCAGGACCACAACGAGGGCGACAAACAGUGGAGCCGCCACAAAUCCAAGGAUCGCUACUGUGACAGGGAGGGGGAAGGGGUGGCCAGGAGACGGCAUGAGGCUGGGGACUGGAACAGGGAGGUUUACAUCCGCCAGUGACUUUUGCCCUUUUGUGUCGUUGGUUUUCUUAUUUUUAAGUAAGUCUUGUAUACCACCACCCUCCAACUCAAUCUUGGGGGGGUCUACAUUGCAAUCAUAUGUGAUCUGUCUUGUAUAUUUUGUACUGCUGUUGCUUGGAUAGCAACAGCAUGAAAUAGAGUAUUAAU